UGCUCAAACGGCAUCGUCAUUGAUUUUUUUUGUCUGUUGCUCUCUCGUUUUGAUCUUAUUUGUUUGUCGUUAGCGUUAAAAUUUGUUUUGUUUUCUUGCAUAUUGGAGUGCUUGAUGGUAAUUUCCAAAUGUGGAUGAAUUUAGCUUUUAUUUGUAGAAAGAAUGGCUUUUUGGUUGUUGUAUUAGUUGAAUUUUUGAAUCAUUUUGUUGUGCGAUAAACUUUCUGGUCUGGAGAACGCUGGAUAUUUUCUGUUUGGUUCUCGGGUAAAAUUCAGAGAAGAGAAAAGAAAGUUGUGAAUUUUAUGCUGUAAUUUUGCUUUGUUUUUUGUGAGAGAGAGAAACGUUGCUAAAUGAAGUAAAAUGCGCCAAGUUUUUGUUUGGCUCCGAGUUCUGCUUUGUUUUUUUAGUUUCUGUUUCAAACUCUUUUCUUCUCUUUUAGUUAGGAUGAAGAAUCUGGAAAUUCAUAAGCUUUGAAACGUUUCCUUUUUAGGUUUCUUGCAUUCUCUUCCUAGUCAAACGGAGGCCGUAGGAGUUUUAAAUGUGUUCUUAAUUUUUGUAAGCUUAGGCAUGUUUUACCUUAUGUUUAACAAAUUUAGCUCAUAAUUCGGCCGGCUUUUUCUUCUUCUUUUCCUUCUCUCUCUCUCUCUCUUUUUUUUUUUUUUUGGUGCUUAUGCUUUGAUCUGAAAUGUCUGUAUGCUUUCGUCUUAAUAUUUAACUAUUCUUCAGCCGUUUUUGCAGUGAUAUUGAGUUUAACUUGCGUUGACAGUGAGUAAACUCAAACUCUCUAUAAUGUAAGAAAUAUGGAACUCAAUAAAAGAAAGCUUGUUUUGAGAAUUUGAGUUGAUUGGAAUUCUUGGUUCAAAAUGAAUGGGAAUAGACAAAUGGAGGUGCAUUACAUAGAUACUGGUUUUCCUUACACUGUCACUGAAAGUUUCAUGGACUUCUUUGAAGGUUUGACUCAUGUUCCUGUGAAUUAUCCCCAGGCAGCGCCAAUCCAUGAUCAGGAAAAUACCUACUGGUCAAUGAGUAUGAAUCCAUACAAAUUUGGAUUUUCUGGUCCAGAGUAUACUUAUUACUAUGGUCAAUGCGAGGUAAAUGAUCAUUUGCCUAGAGUAGAUGCUGGCUGGAGGACCUGGGAAUAUGGUUCAACAAUGAACACUGAUGAACCCAAAACCACAGACACACAAUCUGAAGGAGAAGCCCUCAUGAAUGUGCAUGCUACACCUGAAGAAUGCAGUCCAAAUCAUCAGAGUUCUAAUAGUUCUCAGGUUGUUUGGCAAGAUAAUAUUGAUCCAGAUAGCAUGACCUAUGAGGAAUUACUUGACUUGGGUGAGGCAGUUGGAACUCAGAGUCGAGGUCUCUCACAGGAACUUAUUAAUUUGCUUCCAACUGCAAAAUACAAGUUUGGGAAUCUAUUCUCAAGAAAAAAAUCAGGGGAGAGGUGUGUGAUUUGCCAAAUGAGGUAUAAAAGAGGAGAUCGACAAAUGAAAUUGCCAUGCAGGCAUGUUUAUCACUCUGAAUGCAUCAGUAAAUGGCUUAGCAUUAACAAGAUAUGUCCAAUCUGCAACAACGAGGUAUUUGGCGAGGAAUCAAAGCAUUAAAGCAUCAAAGUGGAAGAAAAAGUUGUUUAAUUUCUCUUUUUUCCCAUUUAUUUUAUUUUUUCUUUUGUAAACAUAGGGCCUGUGAAGGAACUAAGACGACACCCUGGUAGUAUAAGCUUCUAUAAUCUUGAUUUCUAUAGUAAGAGAAUGUAAAUUUUCUUUCA